AAACCCGCCUCCCCUCCCAGCCGUAGGUGCCUGCUUCGGAAAAUGAAGUUGUGAGCCAACUGGCCUCCGCCAUCUUAGGUAGAGUGAGCGUCCAGUGAGGGAAGGAUGCAGUCGGGGAACCUCUGGCAAGUUCUGGGACUCUGCCUCUUAUUAGUUGGUGCUUGGGCACAAGAUGAUACUGAACAGAAACCAUAUGAAGUCUCCAUCUCUGGAAACUCUGUUGAGCUGACGUGCCCUAGAGAUUUUAACAAUGGAAUACAAUGGAAAAAAAAUAAUGAACAAAUGAAAGGUCAUGAUGAGAAACACCUGUUCCUGGAUAAUUUUUCAGAAAUGGAGAACAGUGGUUAUUAUCAGUGCCUCGCAACCGAAGGCAACACAGAGGCGGCACAUACGCUGUACCUGAAAGCGAGAGUGUGUAAGAACUGCAUGGAGGUGAAUCUGUUGGAGGUGGCCACAAUCAUCGUGGUUGACAUCUGUGUCACUCUGGGCUUGCUGCUGCUGGUGUAUUACUGGAGCAAGAGCCGAAAGGCCAAGGCCACGCCUAUGACGAGAGGAGCAGGUGCUGGCGGCAGGCCCCGGGGACAAAACAGAGAGAGGCCACCCCCUGUACCCAACCCAGACUAUGAGCCCAUCCGGAAAGGCCAGCGGGACCUGUACGCUGGCUUGAAUCAGAGAGGCGUCUGACAGCUCCUGACACCAUCUCCCACUGACCCGGGUCUGACUCCUCUCCAGGCCUGCCACUCCCUGUUUGUUCCCUGGGCAAAUCUUGGACCCACAGGAGAAGUUCCUCUGCCUUGUAAGGAGCUUCCACCCUCAGCCUUGUCCCCACGGCCUCCUUCCUGCCUUCUCUGCUGGCACCCAGUCCAAGGAUAUUGCUGCCUUAUUAUCCUUUGAAACAUCACAGCCACUCACCCCUUCACACCUGGUUGGCCUUCUUGUCAAGAUAUUUAUUUCUGUUUUUCACGCCACCUUGCCCCCAUUCGUUCCUUCCCCAGUGGAUAUUACUAUUCCCUUUGGUUCCCUCUUUCUCCUGCAGAGAAAUUGCCCCAUCCCUAACUAUUCCACCUACCUUUCUCUGUUUCUAGCUCUCUCUUUGGAAAGCCUUGGUGGGAAUGGACUGGGUAAAUGCUGGCAGAAGUCCUGCCCUGUUCACAGACCCCAACCCAGAGCUCGUUCUGUGUC